AACACACGAAUAACCUCAGAAAUCUCUUAAAUAUUUCAUUGCAAUGGUUUGUUUCUGUUUCUUGGUGGACCAAACAAGGAAGGUUAGAAGAUUCAAGCCGGUAGCCGGGUCAUGUUCAAGGUGCGGUCAUGGUGCAAGCGUGGCUGAUAUGAGAACUUCAACAAGAUUUUGUUAUGUUCCAUUUUACUGGGAUUCUUGGAGAGCUGUUAUUUGUACCUUUUGUGGAGCUAUUCUCAAAUCUUACAGAUGAAUUUUCGAGCUAUACAUACAUAUAUAUAUAUAUUGAUAAAAGUUUUGGAGCUAUAUACACACAUAAAUCUAUGAUCACUUGGCUUUAUUGGCUCUCUCUCUUUCUCCACCUUCUUCUGCUUUUUACUCCAUGUUAUGUAUGAAUCUUCGUAUAAUAAUAUGCCUUCUGAGGGAUUGACUUUGGUUUAA